GGGAUGCAAAUCCUCCUCGAUCUCAACUGGUGUCUUCCUGCUAUAAGUUAUAUGAGUCAGUUCAGAUAAUUUCAUCCGACCUGACAAUACAAUAGCCACUGCAUCCUUCUACAUCUCGUCUAACACCCAAGAAAAUCGGGAUGUCUGUGGGGAAUCCAGAAAAAGAUGCAGAUAGAAAGAUCACGAUCUGGCCACAGUGGUUAGCUACGUGUACACUCAGCUUAGCUGCUAUCGGAAGUGGUCUCGCGAAUGGUUGGGCAUCGCCGUACUUGGCUCAACUGACAUCAACGGAAGCGAACAUGCCUUUGAGACUGACAGAUAGCGAAGCGUCCUGGGUGGCAUCUCUUUUAAAUCUUGGCCGUGUGGUUGGGGCUUUGCUCAGUGCACUGUGUCAAGAAUAUAUUGGACGGAAGAAAGUACUUCUACUUGGUGGAGUACCAUUGAUAGCGAGCUGGAUAUUCAGCAUUUGUGCUACAACGGUCAUGUGGCUCUACAUCUCUAGAUUCUGUUCCGGAAUCGGAUCGGGGAUGAUGUGGGCUGCAUUGUCCUUAUAUCUAAGCGAAAUCGCCGAUCCGAAAAUUCGUGGAUCACUGAUAUCCAUGAACGUGAAUGCAUCUUCCGUUGGUAUGUUCUUGGGCAAUGCAAUGGGUCCUUAUCUGUCCAUGGAGAUGUUCGGGUACGUGAGCCUCGUUCCGAGUAUCCUCUUCAUGAUCCUCUUCAGUUUGAUACCCGAAUCACCCUACCAUUACCUCCUACACGGAGAUAUCGACAAGGCUGAGGCAUCCUUGAAGUGGUUUAGGCGAGAAGCUGACGUCAAAGCCGAGAUGCGAGAUCUUCAAGAAUUCGUCGACGGAGCUGAAACUAAUAUUUUCCUGAAGUUGAAGGAGUUCCUCAUGCCAAGUAAUUUAAAGAAACCUCUCGUCAUAAUUGGUAUCUACGUGUUCUCCUACCUGAGUGGCUACAGUGCGCUGUACUCUUACGCGGAAAUAAUCCUGACGAAAGGCAGAAUUACCAUAACACCAAGCCUAGUGGUAACGAUUCUUGGAUUCUGUACGAUCGUAGCCGGCUCGACAGCUAUAUUACUAGUCGACAAAUUGGGUAGAAAAUGUCUCUUGAUAAUGUCUAGUGUAGGAACAUCGAUAUCAUUGGCACUUUUAGGAUUGCAUUUCCAUCUUCUUUCAUUAGAAUAUGAUGCUAAUACUUUGACGUGGUUACCGAUAAUCGCGUUAUUGACCUUUAAUUUAUCCAUGUCCUCUGGAUUACUGCCGAUCCCAAGCACACUUUUAGGUGAAAUGUUCACUGCCAAUAUGAAAAAUAUGGCAUCCUUGUGCGUGAGUUCCAGUAACGCUUUGCUCUCAUUCGCGAGUGCGAAGUCUUAUCAACCUUUCUUAGAUCUAGUCGGUGAAACAUUCGUAUAUUGGACUUACAGUAUCUGCGUGCUGUUCUCCGUACCGUAUGUCUACUUUUUAAUUCCGGAAACGACGGGCAAAAGUCUCAUAGAAAUCCAACGGUCAAUAAAGAAAUGAUAGUACGUCGAAAUCUCUUACUUCACCUAGAAAAAUAGAUCGUUAUAAAAGAACAAAAAUUACAAGACUAUAACUUAUACUAUUUAUGAAAUGUGAAUGUCAAUUAUAAUUAUCUUAAGAUUCAUUCAUCCUUUGUUAUUUUUCAUUAUACUAUUUUCAUUAUACCAUUUAAUGACGUAUAUUUUAACAAUGUAUAAAGUGUUUGUAAACGAAUGAAAUUUAAUCAAAUUCAAUUAUUAUUAGUAACUAUUGUACCUUUCAUACGUCGACAAAACGGAACUUUCAAAAGACUUUUUUCGAAAGACGAUGUCGGAGAAACGUCCGGAUAAAGGACUGAAAUCAUACUGAGUCUCCGAAGCAAUCCCGUACCUUUCAAUUAUGAAUUAUCAAUCAAAUCAUAAAUCAGAAAUGACGUUCAAUAUGAUGACAACGAUAUUGCGAAAUGCUGUACUUUGACUGCAGAAAAAAUAAAAAUAAAACCUCGUGUCUCAUAAUCCAAUCAAUAAUA